AUGGCAGAUAAACAAAGAGGUCGUCCGCCUAAAGGCAAUAAGGGUUUAUUUACAAAAGACUUACGAUUGUUAAUGUAUGGGUUUGGAGAUGAAUCCGACCCAGCACCUGAUACGGUGAACGUAAUGGAAGAACUUGUAAAUGAUUAUAUUACUGAAAUGUGUUUGAAAGCAUCAAAGGUAGCUAAAGAUCGUAAAGUUACUGUUGAUGAUUUUAAAUUCAUUUUAAGAAAUGAUCCAAAGAAACUUGCGCGCGUUGAAGAAUUACUAUUUAUGGAAAAAGAUAUUAAGACUGCAAGGAAAACUUUUGACGUCAAUGAAAUUGAAAAUUAA